AUGAGGCCAACAACAGUCCUGAGGUAUCUGAAGCCUAGCCCUUCACCACAUGCAUUGAUUUACAGACUUUGGGCGAAGCCCGUGGGAAGAUCUUUGUCCUUACUCUUGGCCAGUUACUAUGGUCUUUUUUGGACGUGGGAAUGGCUUGAAAAAGGCGAGAAAGAGUAUGAAGUACACCAGAAAGAGUUGUCUUCGAGCAAAUAG